UUUCCUCUCUCCUCACUGCAGUGUGAUGCAUUCCCUUUCAUGGCCCCAUUACAAAUAGCUCUUUCAACAUCCUCUCAUUAUUUUGGAGAGCGAACAAUUUAUGUCUACUUUAUAACUUUCCUGUGGCACAUCCCUGUCAGGUGACACGCCCCCCGGCACAAACGCACCGAUCUGCUCUCUCCCCUGAGUCACAGACAUGCAGAACAUGGCGAAGAUAUCGGAGCAGUCCUCCUGCUACUCCACGUAUUUUUGCUUUAUUAAUUUCACUGCUCUCCGCGUUCGGACCUCACCGGAGCAUUCAUCACAUCCACGUGUCUCUGGUUGUACAGCCGUUACUGGAGGAGUAAAACGCAGGUUUGGAUAGAGGCAAGAUUCGGCGUGUCCUUCCUCCGCGCUCCGAAUCCUUCACGCGCUCUAAAGCGCAUGCUGGCUUGUUGUGAUGCACGCUACGACGCACAAGAAGAAAUACGCGCGAUCACACAUAGAAGGAGCUUCAAGUCAGUUCAAGAUCACGACUACAAUUUUUAAUAACCGUAAUUCCUACAUAUUAGUCGGAUUCUUUGAGCGCAGCCGACAAGCAGUCGCACAGCUGCUUUUCCACAACGCGCCCUCGGCGAGGCUUGUCGGCAUCCAACAGCGACCCGACAGGAAUGCGGAGCCCGGAUUUGUCCUAUCCACAAUCACCUGUGACACUCCCAGCAGUGCGCACCCACUCAGCCAGUGAGCCCACAUAGGUCAUGCUGAGACAGGUCCUCCUCAACUCCACCAGUACCCCGCACCUCGACCUCAUGCUCAUGGGGCAGUCUUCAACGAGCGCCACCACCUCUGUCAAUGGUGGCUUGGUCAGCGUGGCCGCCCUACUGAGACCCACCUCGGGCCGCGGGGGAGGUGGAGGAGGGCUCCGAGAUGGCGAGCUCCACAAACCGGACCUGCUCACCUACAUCGUUAUGUGCCUCCUGCUGUUUCUGCUGGUGCUGAUCAUUGUCUUCUUCAUCAACUGUCAGCUGCGGAACUCUUUCUUCGCCUCCAUGCCGUAUGACAGGUCCCUGAGAGAGGCCCGGACGUCAUACAAGUAGCCUGCAGUGGUGAGACUCUAGCGCUUUACUGGACCAUGAUUUGGUUCUCCAUAUGAAGUUGUUGCCUUUCUCAUUUAAUUUGGACACUGGACUGUGUGGAUAGAAAUCCAAAAUAUGAGCACACACAAGAUGAGCGAGGUGAAGUUUAAAUCAAAAGAUCCAACCGUUUUCGCUGUCUGGCAUGGAGCAAACUGGUAUGUAAUGUUUGAAGAUUGGGCCAACUGCGGGAGUAGACCCAAUUAUUGACUUUCCUACUGGGUAAUGGUUCUCUGAAAGCUGAAAACAGCUCAUAUGUUUGCAACAGACUUGGCUUUUAUCCUUUUCUUUUGACACAUUUUUCUGAAUGUCUCUUUUAUUCAAGUCUUCUGAGAAGUUAGAAAUGACAUUGUGGGCGACCUUGAUGAGCUUGUAUUUGGUUUUUUUUGUAAUGCACAAGUGAAAAAGAAUAUUUUUGGGAGCCUUGGUCGUAUUUCAUACAGAGAUUAUGCAGAUAUGUAGGUAAUUACGACACAUACCAAUUUUCAAGCAAAAACAAUUGGGUUAAACAGUGAAAUUUUCUAUCAUCAAUGAAUGCAGCUUGAAAAUGUAAUUUCUAAAAUAUUUCAGUGCAUCUCUGUGGGUGAUGUCAGAUGCAUUGAGAUCACGUCUCACUGAAUUCAGGGUACCUUCAUUUGCCCUUAACAUGCAAAUAGAAAGGUUGGGCCGGUACCAUGCACAAUUUCCUGUAGUGAAAGAAAAGUUCUGACUUGCCAGAAUUCUGGAAUUCAUCAAGAAUAAUGUUUUAGCAUCGCCUUGAAAGUUCUAUUUUUCAUGGCAGCUAUUAUCCUCAGUAUGGAAAUGUUUGUUUCAUGCAAUGAUAUGACUAAAUCACAUUCCCUAUCCUUCUGUAGAUUGUACAAUAGUGAUUAAAUGGCAGUCUGCAAGACAACGUUAUGACAUAAAGAUUUUGAAACCCUCUUAAA